UUGAAGAUAAAAUGAGAUGUGAUGUGCUUAGCACAAUAGCUGACAUAGCCCUCAGUGUCAAUAAACAAAUUACUGAUAUUUUUAUUAUUAUUUUAUUUUUCUUAUUCUGAUCCUUACAUCCCAGGCUUGGGACUGUGAAGGCAGGAGUCAUGGAAAUUCACAAACUCCCAAACCUUAGCACCAAGUAGCUGUCCUUGACAUCUCUCACACAGGGAGGCAGGGAUAAAUUGAAGAGCAGUGCACAUCCAAAGAAGACGGAAUGGCUGAGGUGGUACAGGGCCACCGGGAAAAAGAGUCCUCUUUCAACUUGGUCCCCCGCUUUUCACACCACUGGAAAGAUCUGGUUUCUUUUGGUUCUCAACCGUUUUAGCCCCCUGGUUCUGACAUUCAUUCGUCUAGAUUUAACCUGCUAUGUGCCAGGCCCCGUGCUAGAAGCUGAGGAUUCAAGAUGGACAAGGAAUCCGCCACGUGACAGCCGGACCGCCCUCUCAGACUAGAGGAGCUCUGUUAGCGCCAUGGCCCCCAAGAAGCCGCUCUGCCUUCCCGCCCUGCUGUUGCCACUUCUGACGCUGCUGCUGCCCCAGGCAGGCACUCGGUCGUUCGUAGUGGAUCGGGAAAAUGACAGAUUCCUCCUAGAUGGGGCCCCGUUCCGCUACGUGUCUGGCAGCCUGCACUACUUUCGGGUACCACGGGUGCUUUGGGCAGACCGGCUUUUCAAGAUGCGAAUGAGUGGCCUCAACGCUGUACAGUUUUAUGUGCCCUGGAACUACCAUGAGCCCCAGCCUGGGGUCUAUAACUUUAAUGGCAGCCGGGACCUCUUUGCAUUCCUGAACGAGGCGUCUUUAGCGAACCUGUUGGUCAUACUGAGACCAGGACCUUACAUCUGUGCAGAGUGGGACAUGGGGGGCCUCCCAGCCUGGCUGCUUCAAAAACCUGACAUACAUCUGAGAACCUCAGAUCCAGGUGAGUUGAGACAACAUUUUUAACACAGGAAAAAAGCAACCAACAGCCACAAAAUGGGUCAUUUGGGUGCCCCAAACCGGAGAGACCAUCCCCAAACUGGAGCUCAUUCAUGCAGACAUUUGAGUGUCUCCUUCAUGCCUAGUGAGGCGCCACAUACUGGGGGACCAGGCAUACCCAGCUCCUGUGGAGUGAAAGAAACAGCUUUUUAUAAAACCAAAACCUGCAAGAUUAGCACAACCUGUAAAAAUACCAGCUGUGGAAACAGACAAGGAGUUGAGAUCAUGAGUAACAGGGAAGGCCCGUUUGGGGUAGGGACAUCAGAAAAGGCUCUUCUGAGAUGAUGACAUUUCACUUGGCUCUAGGGAAGGGAAAGCACUGGUCAUAUGAAGAGUGAAGUGACAACAGCCAGGUAGAGGGAACAGUCUAUUCUAAAGCCCAGAGGUGGGAAAGAACAUGGCCUGAUUGAGGCCCCUUGGCUGGAGCAUAGCGGGUAAGGGAGGGAGGAAUGUGUCGUGAAACUGGAGAGAGAUCAGGACUGUUCAGGCAGGACCUGGUAGGCUGCUGUAAGGGUUUGCAUUUUAUUCCAAGCACAGCAGAAAGCCAUUGAAAGAGCCUAACCAGACAGAUUUGAUUUGCUUUCAGAUUACUUUAGCCUGGAUAUAGAAAAUGGAGGGAACAGGGCAAGGGUAAAGGUGGAGAAACUAACUGGGAGACUUUGACUGUAGUUGAGAAGGGAGGUGAUGGGAAGAAGAGGGGAGAAUUGAAAUGCAGGUUGGAGAUCAAAAUCACCAGGACUUGUUGAUAGAUUUUGACAGGAAGGAGAAGGAUGGGGGCAGCAUGGGUAGGGUCUGGAAAGAAAGGGGUCCCCUUUCUUGCCAGUCUAGGUGGUGGUGCCAUUUACUGACAUGGGGAAGAUGGAGAAGACUAGGGGUGGCAAAGGACCACCUUU